AUGAGACGUUAUACGAAAAGGUCUGACUCUAAGGAGCCUUCUAAGAAAGAACAAAUAGAUUCAGUUAAAAUGCCAGGAUUUGUUCAUCCACAGACGAUGCACGAAGAAGGACAUUUUGCACAAAAAGCAAAGCAACAAAUAGAAGAGUUGAAAAAACGCUCGGAAAAGCCAGCCGCGGAUAGUAGCGAAAAGAAAGAA